AGUUUCAGAUCUCAAAAGCUUAACUUGGUCAAACGCAUGGCAACGGAUCUCAUGCGAUUUUUCGCUUUCUCUUUUCUGACUUUCUAAUUUUUUUACUUUACCAAUUUCAAAUCUUCCCCGGCAAGGCAAGACGAGAAAUCAAAACAGUAUUUAAAAACUUUUAUAAUAAGGAGUUGUCACCAACUACCAGAGAAUCAAGAGAGAGAAAAAGAAAAACAAAUCCGUCGGUCCUAAAAUCCCAAAACGUCGGCGAUUCUCGAAACUUCUCCGAUGCAGAGCCCGACCCUGGACUUUAAUCGAUUAGAGGUCCUGUCAUUGCUUGGUCGGGGCGCGAAAGGGGUUGUGUUCUUGGUUAAAGACAAUGAAGACGAUAAACUGCUUGCUUUGAAGGUUAUACUCAGAGAAGCGAUCGAGAAAAAGAAGAAGACCCCAAAGAACGAUGAGUACAGGCGCGUGAGUUUCGAACAAGAAGUAUUGAGCAGAUUCGAUCAUCCUCUCUUUCCUUCUCUUCGUGGUGUAAUAUCAACAGAUAAAGUGAUCGGUUAUGCGAUCGAUUAUUGCCCCGGUAAAAAUCUCCAUUCCCUGAGGAUUAUGCAAUCCGAAAGCAUGUUCUCCGACGAGAUCAUCAGAUUCUACGCGGCGGAGCUUGUACUCGCGUUCGAGUAUUUGCAUAACCAAGGAAUCGUCUACAGAGAUCUGAAGCCAGAUAAUGUGAUGAUCCAAGAUAAUGGACAUUUAAUGCUCGUGGAUUUCGAUCUCUCAACGAAUCUACCUCCCAGAACGCCCUCACCGUCGCCAUCCACGGCGACAACAACUCCGUCGCCGGGUAGGAGGAAGAAACGUCUCUUCCGGUUCGCUAGUUUCUGCAGCUCGGGAAUCUCGCCGGAAGAAGAAUCGAAUUCGAUCCGCUUAUCGUCGUCGUCAUUGGCCGUGUCGGAUUCUUCGGGAGAGAAGUCGAACUCCUUCGUCGGAACGGAGGAGUACGUCGCGCCGGAGGUUAUUUCCGGAGGAGGUCACGAUUUCGCCGUCGAUUGGUGGUCGUUAGGUGUGGUUCUGUACGAGAUGCUGUACGGGACGACGCCGUUUAGGGGAUCGAACCGGAAAGAAACGUUUUUCCGGAUUUUGUCUAAACCGCCGAAUCUGGUGGGUGAGAGGACAUCGUUACGGGAUCUGAUUAGAAGGUUGUUGGAGAAAGAUCCUAGCCGUAGGAUUAGCCUUGAGGAAAUCAAGGGUCAUGAGUUCUUCAGAGGAUUAGAUUGGGAGAAAGUGUUAUUGGUUUCUAGACCGCCGUAUAUUCCGGCGCUCGAUGGUGGAGGUGAUAAGGGUAAAGAUGGAAGUACGAAAAUGGAUGUGGAGAAUAUUGUCCAAGAGAUAUUCGCUGCUCGAGAAGAAGGUGAGAAACAGAAGGAUGAUAUUAGUAAUGCUGAUGUGAAGACUAAAGGUGAAAACGGUGGAGAAUGGGUGAAGGGUUGAAUAACAAUAACAAUUUGGAAAUUGACAAUAAUUUUUUGGUAUUUUAA